UACCCCGAAAGAGAAAAAGUCGUCGUUGACAGGAUUGCAUGACUUUUGUGGAAUCGUUCGUAAAGUUCCAGGAUUACCUUCCUUUGUGCUGAAAACUUGAUUCUGAGGAGUUGAAUUUAUUAAGUUAUGUCUGGUAUUGCUUUGGGCCGACUAGCAGAAGAAAGAAAAGCUUGGCGCAAAGAACAUCCGUUUGGAUUUGUGGCCAAACCAUUGAAAAAUCCUGAUGGUACUCUAAACCUUAUGAUUUGGGAAUGCGCGAUCCCUGGAAAGAAAGCGACUCCUUGGGAAGGAGGCUCUUUUAAGCUGAAGAUGAAUUUCAAGGAGGACUACCCAUCAUCUCCACCAAAAUGUAAAUUUGAACCUCCAAUCUUUCACCCUAAUGUAUAUCCAUCUGGCACAGUUUGUUUGUCGCUCCUGGAUGAAGAAAAAGACUGGAGACCUGCCGUCACUAUAAAACAGAUACUAUUGGGAAUUCAAGACUUACUGAAUGAUCCAAACAUAAAAGAUCCUGCUCAAGCAGAAGCAUACACUAUCUACUGCCAAAAUAGAUCAGAGUAUGAAAAAAGAGUGAGAAGUCAAGCUGCGAAAUUUACAGCUACAUGAUGAAAGGGUAGCGGUUCAUACAUUCGCUUACAGACAUGUGGGUUUACAAUAACAAGCGGAAGGAUUUAUCUUAUUCUCUUAUUCAUAAGACAGUUUCAGUGAAAUAGGAGCUGCAACAAGAAUUUGUCCUUACUGCGAUACGGCUGUUGUUGUGACAAUGAUAAACAUUUGUUAGAAAUCAUGUCUGUGUUUUUAGGGAGGCUACAAGUUUUUUUGUGCUGUACAGUGUAAUGAACUUAAUACAUGUUGAUGCAUUGCCAGACAGUUGAGAGGUGAACAAAGACUAGUGUAGACCUUGCUUGUCUUUGGUUUUGUUAGGUGGGAUGUAUGCUGCAAUAUUCAAAAAGAUGUUUAAGUCUGGUCUUAGAAGUUUUGUGUUGAGUUUUCUGUUUCUUCUGAACUAAACUCAAAAAUCUUGAAGUAGUUAAAAUGCCAUGCGGAGUGGUGAAGAAACAUGCAGUUCUCCUGUAAGUGCUUAAUUAGGAACUCUUGAGUUUGGUAUAGAAGACCGAAGAUCCUAAGUACAUGUAACUAAUCAGGUGAUAUGUCACUGACUUGAUACAUGUUACUCAUAAUAAUAUAGAUAGUACAUAUUAUAUACUCCAAAGCCCUGUGGAAACUGUUUGGAAUAAAAAAUGCUUGAAAUAGGCUAUUUCAUUUUGCCCUUGACCUCUGCAUUAGAGCAAGUCUUUUUGCAAAACCAUUCAUGAGAAAAUAUCCUCUACCUGCAUGUUCCUUAUUUUCUCGUGAUUUGUUUUGCAAGAAGACUGUGUUGAAAGAAGUAAAAAGCAACUUGUAAAUGGCCUAUUGACAGUCACUCUAUUUUUAUAACGUUAUUUUGCUUUGUUUUAUCUCGCAAAGCUGGUAGUUUCUCGUAACUGUAGUUUUGAAAACAAAGACAGGUUAUGUUAAGGGAGAAGCCCCCGGAUGAAGUGGUGCAGUGGGAAGUGUUAAUCCCUUCCUUCCCAUUUUGCUCACAUCUUUGGUUCGUGUCUUUGGGGCAUUUUAUUUUAUGACUUAUGUCUUUAGUUUAUAUAACACAUGCUCUGAUUGGCUAAUUCUAGGGCAUUAUUCUCCUUUGAUGUCCACGGGCCAAUAAUGGGACUGCAGAAACAAAGCAAAAAGCCAUAUAAAAAACAACUUACUAACCUCAAACGUUUGGUCUUUGUGGGAAAAUCUCAUACCUCCACUUUGCCAUAUUGGCCUCGCUAUCGCUCAGUCGAUACUGCAAGGUGUAAGUUUGAGAUUUUCGUGUAAAGACCUCACCCUCGGUUAUUAAGUAGUUACAUGUGGUAAGAGAAAACUAGCAGCUUCUUGCAAUCUCUUGGAGGCAACUGCCCUUCUACUUUUUUCGCCGUUGUUUUUGUUCAUGAGUUUUGAGCUUUAGUUCUUACAAGUCUCCUUAAAAGUUUGGACAUAAUGAGAAGGUAAAUUACAGUACUUGAUUGAACUUUUCUAGCUGUAUUUAAAUGUGGGAGACAAUUUUCAGCAGAUAUAGCUUCCUCUGGUUUUUAUUACUUACACGCUGUGCUUUCCCCUGUCUGUACGACACUUGAUAAUUACUAUUGUAGAGAAAUGAAUUCUUCACUGGGACAGUGAAAGUGCAUAGCAUAAGAACUAAGUGAUGUAUGUAUCAAAGUACAGCUUUAUAGCUUUAAUCAAACGUCCAAUUAUUAUUAAUAAAUAAUAAUGAUUAUUACUAUAUGCCAUUUCCUUUUAGUUUUGUUGUCAAGAAAAUUGGAAGCUCUAUUUUAAGCUUACAAACCAGUCUUACGAAUAAAACAAAACCUUUUAAACUGCA